AUGGGAGCUACCACCGUCAAUCGAGCCGAAAGGGUCACAUUCACCUAUCCAGCCUUACCUGAACUCAAUCUAUGUAUCGCCAUCAUCGCUAGCGCUAUCGCCUAUGGUACAUAUGCUGUCCUCAAAGCUAGCCAUGAAUACGUGUGGGUUAUGGGUGACUAUGGUGUGCAAGUUGAACUGCCUUUCUUUGGAACUGUCAUAAAGGAUCUCAGUAGCUGGGAAUGGAUUCAUUACUCUCCAUUUGCAUGGCGAUAUUUACCGGUAUUUCUGGCCCACACUGUGAUAUUCAACUUGGGAUCGAAAAUGAUCCCUGAUCUGCCUUUCACUAUCGUUUAUACUUUACUGAGCAUGGCAUCAUGCGUAUAUUAUUUCACACCAAGAUUGGUGGCACUUUCUCUUAUCCAGGGCACUUUGAUGUUUAGUGUCUCUCGCUUCUUCAAACGGAAAUUCGUCAUAUGGUUGUCAUCUCUGCCACUUCUCUACGCAGUGAUGCACCAUUCGCCCCAUAUUUCUGAUAAUCCAUUUCUGAUCUACACAUUUGUAUCCUACAGUAUGCUGAGCUAUGUGUCUUACUGUAUGGAUACGAUAGACAAGCCAGUAAGGAAAGAGGACGACACGUUGGUGAAACAAUACCUCCGAAUGAUGUUCUACACAUUCUACCAACCGUAUCUAUUCUCACUGAUUGUACUGUAUGCGGAUUUCGAGCGGCAGAUUUCUGAGCGACGACAGAAGACAAGGGACUGGAAGGCGGACUUGUUGUUCGCGUUGAGAAUCGCUUUUUGGUGGGGUGUGAUGGAGCUGUCGCUACAUUUUGUCUAUCAUGAAACUAUCCUUCGGAAUAUCGAGUACACCGAGACGCAUAUAUCAAAAGGAACACAUUUCGCGAUGGCACUCACUUUA